AUGAUAAGCAAAGAACGCUGCCAUCAAUAUUGCCUUGCCACCAGUAUCGCCUCCAGUAUCACCACCAGUAUCGCUACCAGUGACGCUACCAGUAUCGCUACUAGUAUCGCUACUAGCGCUGCCACCAGUAUUGCCUUGCCACCAGUAUCGCCACCAGUAUCGCCACCAAUAUCGCUACCAGCGCUGCUACUAGUAUUGCUUUGCCACUAG